AUGCUUACGGGCUUUGAAGCACUCGGCGCGGCGAGCGCAGUCUUGCAAGUCAUUUCGUUCGCAACUGAUGUCGUUGUAGCUUGCAAAAACGCAUAUGAUGGAGCAACAACUUCUCACGAUGAUCUUCAGCGCUAUGCGGGGCAGAUGUCCGAAGCCGUUGGUCGAGUACACACUCGCUGCGAGCAGAUGAGCAAUGCGAACUCCAGGUUUGCUAGCCCAAAGCUGCAAAAUAUUGCUAAGGAAUGCAAAAAUGCUGCCGAUAGGCUGGAGGCGGAACUUCAGUGCGUGACGAGCAUGCAGGCCCAGGGCGACAUUUUACAAUCGCUUCGCAAGACUUUUAGAGCGUCGAGGCAUCGUAAAAAGCUCCAAGCUCUUCAGGAGUCGCUUUCAAAGUAUCAGCAAGUCAUGGAAAUCGAGCUAACGUCUCAUUUAUGUUCACAGAGCAAUGCGAUAAACUACCGGCAAGACGAAUGUUUCGGUAAAUUGGAUACUGAUAUACAGUUUCUCAUCAACCAGCUCGCUCAAGGCAUGACUGAUGCAAAGUCUCUCGUGAAGCGAGAACAUGCUACAACACGCAACGCAAUUACCCAAGAAGGAGCCAGGGCCGAGGCAGCCAUCAAUUUGCACACCGACAGCCAAGUUCUGGAGCUCAGGACUACCGCUGAAACAAAGAGAAAAUGUGAAACCUUUCUUCAAAGUCUCAAAGCUCCACGGAUGAAUCAACGGUACAACGAUGUCAUGGACUCGAGAGAUGCAAGCUUUAACCAAGUGUUUGCUACUUAUGAAGACAUGAAGGCUAUGUAUCACCAAAGUUUAAACACUAGUGAGGUUUCCGAGGAACCCGAUGAGUCAGAUGAUGGUGGCGAUCCAAAGGACGACGACUUAUCCGAAACGACCAGCAACCUUAGUUACAUGGGUUAUAUGGAAGAUAUUCAUCGCUCAUGGCAAUCACUCAAUUUAUGGCUGCAAUCAAAAGAAAAGCUCUUCUACAUCCAAGGAAAACCAGGUUCUGGUAAAAGCACGCUCGUCAAAUUCAUCCUUAGCCAGGACCAAACUCAGGAAUUAGUGCACCGAUGGAGUCCUGAUGCGAUUAUUAUUUCUUACUUCUUCUGUAAAAUCGGCUCAGAAGAGCAGAACAGCAUUAAAGGGCUCUGGUGCUCACUCCUCUACCAAAGACUGCAAGAUCAGCAACAAUUGGUUUUGAAUGCAUUGAAGCGGUUCAGUAACUUGUCCCUUCACUCCGAAUAUUAUGAUUGGUCUAUCAAAGACUUGGAAGCCGUCUAG